AUGUGGCAUAAUUUCUGGCAGCUGAAUCCUUGGGAAGUCCGAUUUGGUGUAACCUUUAUGCUCUUCCUGGCAGAACUGAUGGUGUCCAAGAGGCCUGAUCCCACGUCAGAGGAGGAGAGAUCCACCCGGCUGCCGGAGGCAAAGGGACCGUCGGGAGCCCUCGGCAGCUCGUCCCGGCAGACAAAUUCCAUCACUUCCAUCUGCCAGGAGGAAGAGGAGUUGCUGGAACAGCUCGUUGUCCGCUAUCGGGGUUGCUGCGUGCCGAUACGGAAGAAGGGGAAGCUUCCCGGUCCGACCGAGUCGGUCUCCUACGCCCUGGAGUAUGGCAAGGCAGAACUUGAAAUUCAGAGUGACGCCGUGGAACCGGGGCAGAAAGUAGUGAUUGUAGAUGACCUGCUCGCGACUGGAGGUACCAUGCGUGCAGCCUGCGAGCUGAUGGAGAGGCUGAAGGCCGAGGUCGUGGAGUGCCUGGUGAUCAUCGAGUUAAAGCUCCUGAAAGGGUCAGAAAAGCUGGGGCCCGUCCCUUUCUACUCCCUGCUGCAGUACGACUGA